GAUUACAGCUCGCGCGCGUUUGUUACAUAUUUACCUCCAUGAAAUAUGUAUUGUGGACCCCGUAAACAUGUAUAGUGCCGACCCCGUUUACAGCCUCGCACGAUCGCUGGAGCGUGCCAGUGAAAGUCAUUUCGACACAGCAUCAGCAGCGCAAGCAGGAUGUCCGGCGCGAACUAUCCAAUGGGUUAAAACUCGUUUGAACACAACACGUGCACUAGUGUACAUUGUAACACGUCGCGCGGUUAAUUCAAGUGCUCGUGCUGUAUUGUUUCCAUGUACUACUAAACAGACAGUAGUGUGUCAUACAUAUUGCUUCAAUGAAACCAUGUACUAGUAUUAACAACGCAAAUCGAACGUGGAGCCGGGGCUAUUGAUUGUGUCGAUUUUUCAUUUGAUAUAUCAACACUUCAGGACAACGUGACCAUAGCGUAGGUCUACAUUGUACUUACCUCAUCAAACCAGCAUACUGGACACUAGUCAGACGCGUAAACGUGCUCAUAUGUGUCGGAUAAGUAUGUGAUGUUGUGUGGAUAAAAUACAAAGUAUUGACAGUUGUAUAUUACGGGUCCUCAGACAUAUCGCUGACCUGCACUGCACCAUAAUCUCUUCUAACUCCACCCAUGACUAUGAUGGUAGGACUGAACAUCAGUACGUUGGGAACACAGCCUGUCUGGGAGGUCUUACGUCACGGAGGAUUCCAGAUUUGAUUUAACACGAUGAGAGUAGCUGACAUAAAUAUCUGCUUCAGGUGUCACACCACCAUCUGUAGUCAAGACUCUGGCGUCCGCUCGAGGUGGACGGAUAGUCAGCCAUAUGUUGUUAGAAAUGCACUGGAGUGCUAUAGUGGUUGGUACUCUUUAUAACUAUUCUACGGUCGACCUACACACCUUUACCACAGUUGGAAACGUACCUUUCCCGUCCAUUGUGUCGGACUAGUAAAACAACGCUGGACUUGUACACGUGCGGCAUCCGACCUGCUGUCGCUGCGCUCGGACACGUAUGCCACGUGCUCACUGUGUUAGUAAUUAUACGGGAAAUACUAUUUCGAGUUUCUAAUUUGGCCCGGAAAGAAAACAGCAGGAAAUAAUUCAAUAAAAACCUGCGAAACAUUUAUAUCGACCUUUACAAGGACACAAGGAAAGAUUGUCAUCAAAAGUUGCAAUAAGGAUUACUCAGCUCGUGCUAGGCUCGUGCUAGGAACGCGACGAGAAGACAUUUUUUAAAUACGCAAUUAAGGAAACGAAACAGUUUUAUUUUCAAGAAAACGAAGAUUGAUUUGUUUCCAAUGGAUAACUAUUGAGAACACAUAAUUUUAUUUGGGAAAAGUCAUUGUGCACUUUAACAAAUCUCAUGUGAAAUUUAUCGAAAAAGAAUCCAGAGAGUGAUGUGUUUCGGUCGUGAUGUCAUUCCUCUGCAGGGGCUAGAAGCAAGCGAGCUCAAACAAUUGUACAAUUGGAAGUCACUGCAAACUCUUUAGGGACUAAUUUAUUCCCAUUUUUACCCCCACAAAAUAGGGUUAAGGUAUCGAAUACUUCCUCGUAAGAGUGAACACUAUGCAGGUGUAGUACCCGUUCUAAUAUACGGAACCAAAUCACUGUUAACUGCCACCAGUCGCCAACGUUAACAUGCUUAUAAUGGGUCUCAUGCAACAAAAUGGGGCGAACGCGUCCAUCCUUGGACUGUUCAACAGCGACACAUACUCCAGUGUCACAUUGUCUACGGUCUCUACCCAGAACGAGACUACGGCGUCUUCAGUGUUUAAUUCUACAACAUACAAUCCGCUAGGUGGCACCAAUGGUACAACCGGAUUCCAGGGUUUCGGCCCUCAGAUUAGGAGUUUAGAACACUUGAUAACAACCUCUAUUAUUCUGGGGCUCAUGAUUCUCGCCACCAUCAUCGGUAACGUGUUUGUGAUCGCGGCCAUCAUCCUGGAGAAAAAUCUUCAUAAUGUUGCCAACUAUCUCAUCCUAUCGCUCGCCGUGGCCGACCUGAUGGUCGCCACCCUCGUCAUGCCCAUCAGUGUGGUGAACGAAAUCAGUACUGUGUGGUUCCUUAGGCCGGAAAUUUGUGAUAUGUGGAUAUCGUUCGACGUGCUAUGUUGCACUGCUUCCAUACUGCACCUGGUGGCCAUCUCCGUAGACCGUUACUGGGCCGUUACCAACAUUGACUACGUCAGAAAUAGGAGCGCGAAGCAGAUACUUUCCAUGAUCGCGCUGUCGUGGAUGGUUGGUAUGUGUAUUUCAAUCCCACCCUUGUUUGGAUGGAAGGAGCCGGCGAACAGUCCCGUGCUGACGGGCACGUGUCUCAUUAGCCAGGACAUUGGCUACACUGUCUUUUCCACAUUUGGUGCCUUCUAUGUUCCCACUCUCAUUAUGAUGAUCAUUUAUGCUAAAAUAUUCCAAGUCGCCCGACGACGAAUUCGGAGGAAAAAUUUUCAUAAAAAAAGUUUGAAAAAAGCUGAGGCGAAAAUCAAAUCGGAUCACUCAUCAAAGAGCAAGUUGCUCUUUAAUUCGCCCAAAAGCAAUGGUCACAACAGCGCUGAUAAUACGGAGAUAACUGUGAACGAAACAUCCUGCAACGGUAAUGAAAAUUACAAUGAUAAGAAUGAAAACUCAAAAGUAGACACGAAUGGAUUCGAUGACGCAAAAACUGCAAUGAUUCCGAAAGCAGUAAACAAAGAGCAGGACAAAGCAAAGAAACAAAAAGAAAAGUUAGAGAUGAAAAGAGAACGGAAAGCUGCUAGAACGCUAGGCAUCAUUACGGGGGCAUUCAUUAUUUGCUGGUUGCCAUUUUUCAUCAUUGCUCUCACUGCUCCCCUGGUCGGCAAGGCCGCUGAAGAGAUUCCCGAGGAACUUAUAAGUUUUGUACUUUGGCUCGGGUAUGCCAACAGUUUGUUGAACCCGAUACUUUAUACAAUAUUCAGCCCGGAUUUCCGUAAUGCCUUCCAGAAAAUUCUGUUCGGAAAAUACUCAAAAAAAUAUCGGAGAUGAAAUUUUCCAAACGGGAAAGGCAUCAUUAUCGUCAAUGCUGUUCACUGAAAGCAUGAUGGCAUUUAAAACUGUGUCGAGCUGACCUUAAGUUAAGUGUUUGGUCGGAUUAUGCAGAGUGCUGGAACAUGGAUGCGUUUUCGGUUAAGUUACUGGUUCAAAGUGUAUGUGAUAUGAGUAAUAUAAGAUACGACAUUAUGAA